UACUGGAAUUAGACAGCUGCUUCUGUUUUAUUUUUUAUUUUGUGUGCGGACUCCCUGGGGGCAGCUUGUAAUUUGCCUAACAGCAGGGUCUAAAGUCAGCCACUGCACGGCAGUGUGUACAUAGGAUGUGGUCAUUAGUAAGAAUAGUCGGGCAUUCAAGUCCUAAAUACUCUUGAUCGCUUAACAAAUUGCAUCUUGUGGUGUCUUAAAGGGAUCCACACUGGAUACCCUGCCUGGUAUCUCUGCACGCGUGUGCGCGCGUCUAUGUAUCUUUUCUAUCCUCGCGUUGAGCGCUUCCCUAAGAAAGCGCAUGCCCAGUGCACACUUCAACCCUCAACCCCUCCAAAAGUAGUAGGCUCCUCCCCCAUUCUGGCGUGCGCUGGUGGAGAGGAGGAGGAGAGAGAAGAGCUCGGCGAGCGGAUCCAGACGGAGAGAGAGCGGGGGGUGCGCGUCGCACUGAUCAUAGCAGCAGCCCCACGACCGCGCGGACCGCCGAGUCGCUGGAUCCCCGGAGGACCCGAGAGGAGAAGACGUCGCCAGGGGAGCUCCAGAGGCCUCUGCUCAGGGCUGCAGGAUGUUCACCUACGUGAAGGCGUUCGACGGGCAGCAGUACUCCACCCUGAAGAGGCAGUGCCUGCAGAGCGGCCUGCUGUUCGAGGACCCCCGCUUCCCCGCCACCGACGACUCCCUCUUCUACCAGGGCAACAGGAUCGGCCGCGUGGUGUGGAAGAGACCGCGGGAACUGUGCGAGGACCCUCACCUGUUUGUGGACGGCAUCAGUGCUCAUGACUUGCAUCAGGGACAGCUGGGGAACUGCUGGUUCGUGGCGGCGUGCUCCAGUUUGGCCUCGAGAGAGUCCCUAUGGCAGAAAGUCAUACCGGACUGGAAGGAGCAGGAGUGGGACACGGAGAGGCCCGAGUCCUACGCGGGGAUCUUCCACUUCCGCUUCUGGCGCUUUGGGGAGUGGGUGGAUGUGGUGAUCGACGACCGGCUCCCCACCGUGGAUAACCAGCUGGUGUACUGUCACUCGGAUGACAGCAACGAGUUCUGGAGCGCCAUGGUGGAGAAGGCCUACGCCAAGGUGUACGGGUGCUACGAGGCGCUGGACGGCGGCAACACGGCGGACGCGCUGGUGGACUUCACGGGGGGCGUUUCGGAGCCUGUGGACCUGCUGGAGGGACAGAUGGCCACCGACGAGGCGGCGCGCAACCAGCUGUUUGAGCGCGUGCUCAAGGUCCACAACCGGGACGGCCUCAUCAGCUGCUCCAUCAGGGCGACCACGGUGGAGGACAUGGAGGCGAGGCUGGACUGCGGGCUGGUGAAGGGCCAUGCCUACGCCGUGACGGACGUGAGGAAGGUGCGGCUUGGCCACGGGCUGCUGGCCUUCUUCAAGUCGGAGAAGCUGCAGAUGAUCCGCAUGAGGAACCCCUGGGGGGAGAAGGAGUGGAGCGGACCCUGGAGCGACAGCUCGGAGGAGUGGAAGAAAGUGAGUAAGAGCGAGCGGGAGAAGCUUGGUGUCACAGUACAGGAUGACGGAGAGUUCUGGAUGACGUUUGACGACUUCUGCCAGUACUUCACCGACCUGAUCCUGUGCCGUCUCAUCAACACGUCCUACCUGAGCAUCCACAAGACCUGGGAGGAGGAGGUGAUGCGGGGGUCCUGGGUCCACCGACAGGACCCCCUGCGCAACCGGGCCGGGGGCUGCAUCAACCACAAGGCCACCUUCCUGCAGAAUCCACAGUACGUGUUUGACGUGAAGAAGGUGGAGGACGAGGUGCUGAUCUGCCUGCAGCAGAAGGAGAAGAGAGCCACCGCCAAAGAGGGCAAGGGGGAGAACCUGGCCAUCGGCUUCGACAUUCACAGGGUGGAGCUCAACAGGAAGUACCGGAUGCACACGGCCCAGCAGAAGGUGGCGGGCUCCAUCUACAUCAACUCCCGCUGCGUGUUCCUCAGGAAGGAGCUGACGGAGGGCCGCUACGUCAUCAUCCCCACCAUCUUCGACCCGGGCCAGCAGAGCGGCUUCCUGCUCCGAGUCUUCACUGAUGUGCCUUCAGACUGCAAAGAGCUGAGCUUGGACGACCCCCCCCAGACAUGCUGGACGGGGCUAUGCGGCUACCCUCAGCUGGUCACUCAGGUCCACGUCAUCAGUGCGGAGGGUCUGCAGGGACAGGACUCCAACGGAGAACUGCACUGCCUCAAUCCCCAUAGGAAAAGAUACCUGACCAGAUCACAAGCUUCGGACCCCUAUGUGAUUAUCACCUGCGAGGGGGAGAGGGUGCGCUCGCCCGUUCACAAGGACACCCGCAGCCCCAACUUCGACAUCAAGGGUCUCUUCUACCGCAAGAAACCCAAGGAGGGCAUCCACAUUGAGAUCUACAACAAGAACGUGAUCGUGGACACCUUCCUGGGGCAGGUGACGCUCUUCAGCGACCCCAACGAGCGGCAGGAGCAGCACACGCUGCACCUGCGCGACAAGGGCAGUCGCCAGGACAACGACCUGCCGGGCACGCUCACCGUGCGCCUCAUCACCUCCACCACGCUCGUCAACAUCUGAGGGUCCGACCCGCCUGGCAACAAGCCCCAGCGUCUUGCGACUCGUGUCCACGUCUCUCCCGGAUAAUGUCCCGGAAAGCAUCCGAGGAAUCUGGGAAUCUGUGCCCAGACAUUAUCAUCCUCGUCAUCAUCGUCGCGCUCAUCCGUCGCUGCGGUGAUGGCGCUCACUCUCCUUCACUCCUCAUCUCUCUCUCUCUCUCUCUCUCUCUCUCUCUCUCUCUCUCUCUCUCUCUC